ACAAAGUGAAUGGACCACACAUGAUAUCAUGAUGGCUGGUCUUCUGCUGCAUUGUCACAGGAGGAGGCUUCUGAAUCAGAUGUGGUCAGGGAUCAGCUCUUUUCACACAAGUUCUCCUUACCUUGGCUACAAGAUCAGCAAGAAUGUUAAAGACUGCUACCAGCUUCUCAAUGUGUCAGAGAAAAGUAGUAUGGUAGAGAUCAAGGAGGCGUACUUCAAACUUGCCAAGGUCUACCAUCCUGAUAGCAAAAGCAGACAGGCCGAUGGGAACAAGUUCACCCAGAUCCAGCAAGCCUACAACACCAUUUGCCUUCAUGUGGAAAAGAUGGAAAAGCAAGGUAGACGGGAGGGAUUAGAGGAUGAACUGUCACAGGAUGAUGAUGAUGAUGAUGAGUGUGAAUUUGACAUCAAACAUACAGUUCCUCAACAUAGACAGUAUCUGGAGUAUGAGGGAAUAGGGUUCGGCACACCCAGUCAGCGACAGAAGCAGUAUCAGAAAUAUCGUGCUAUGAAAGCAUCGGAAGCCGUAAGCACUCACAGAAUGUAUAAGAUUGCUGUGACCGAUGAGAAAGGCUUGGUGUUGAAGGAUAAGAAAGCUGCAAGGAAGAUAAGAACAACAAAUGUCAUUGAGAGGCUUGUCGAGGAUUUGAUCCAGGACUCCAUGGCUAAAGGCGAGUUUGAUGAUCUGCCAGGUAUGGGGAAACCCCUGCCACCCAAAACGGCCUAUUGCCCUUAUGUGGAUGCUGCCACACACAACCUGAAUGAGGUUCUUGUCAACAAUGGUUAUGCCCCUGAAUGGAUUCAACUGGAAAAGGACAUACGGAACAUGCUCACUGAGGCCAAGAAUGCCCUUUUGCAUGAACGUCUGAAGCUUGGUGCAGAACCCCUGAAUGACUACAAUGUAAGCAAAUGGGCAGAUCUACAAUUUGAGUUCAGUGAGAAAGUUAAACAAAUCAACAGAAGAGUGAAUGAUUUUAACCUGAUUGUUCCCAUUAUCACACUCCAAAAAGUUCACAUCCAGCCUGAGAAGGAGAUAGCCAAAGUUUUGGAUGAAUACUCUAAAAUAGAUCAGAGAGAAUCCAUUAUCAGAAGUAAUUCAAACGAGAGUCAGGAAGCAGUUGUUGAAGAUGAAGUAGCAUUGAUGGCAUCUAGACUGUUCCAGAGCAUGUCUGCCUUUAUGACAAGGCUCUCCAAUGCUUUCUUCGCAAGAGAAGAUGGUAGAGCAAGGGAAAGACUAAGAUGAAAUUAUAUUUAAAUAACUGAUUAUAUCAAAAUAUUAUUCACUAUGGUUAAACAUGAAUUGACAAAUUUAAGACCGACAUCUGCUUCAUACAUGAUGAUUGUCUUGAUGAUUGAAACCUUUUGUAAACGGUUCACAAUUGAGCUUAAUCUUACCGUAGCCUACACUUUGUCACCAGCUUUAAAAAGUCUUCCUUUUGAUCUUAAUAUGUGUAGCACUUGAUAUCUUCAAUUUAAGCAACCCUCAGAACAUAGUUUUGGUAACUUGUAUUAUUGAUGGCAACAUUGUAAUGAAAAAAUCUUGGCCAUGUGUGUUUCUCCUGAUUCAUGAACUAUGCAUUUUAACCAUGUGGGAUAGUUAGAUAUACAUGCCGUGUAUAUGGACAUGCUCUAUCGGGGCUACAUUAUCCUGGACAUACGUGAAAACUGUGAAACCCAUGAGCUAUUUAGGGAUGCAUAACUGUUACAGCAUUUAACAUUUUACAUUAAAAAAAACAUGUCUACACCUAAACUAAACAGAUUACAAUGUACAUGUGUAAAAGUUAGUUUUGUUUUUAUCAAGUGUGCCUUUCUGUGCAGUACAUGUUCACAUACUUCUGACAGUAACAUUUUUGAGCAAAUAGAUUAAGGAAAUUAACUUUAGACCACAUUAUCUCUUACCUUUAUGAUUAUGUUACCGAUUUACUUGCACAUGUACGAGUAUGUUAUUUCCAAAAGUUAAUAAAAGGGAUAAAAGGGGAAAAAUAGGGAGAAAAAUGAAGAGAGGGAUAUGUGUUACCUUUGACUUUGUAUUAAAUUGACACACACAAAAAUUGAUAUCUUGCACUUUUAUCAAAAUGACAUGGCACCACCUUUGGCCAACCCUAGCCUGGCAUACCUGUACAUGCCACAUGUAACUCUGUUGAAUUGUUCACCAAGAUUCUCAGUUGAACUGUAUCUCAUUGGAUGAGAUCAGGAAAGUUUGUAGGGUUGUCAAUGAUGAUGCACUUUAAAGGGGUAGUCAAGCCGGUCGCCAAGCCAAGCGACCAACUGUGUACAGUUGUAAGUUGUAUGGUCUCUCAUUACUUUGUGUUACAAGUAGCUUGUCUUGAUGAAAUGACUAUUAAUUGAUACAGAGAAUAAAGUAGUCUAUAAUUUUAUUUGUAAAGAGAAACUAAAAUGUUUUAAGAGAAAAGUACAUUUUUUUGCUUCAGAUUGGUAUGGUAUUCAUACUAGUGGCAUGAAUGCAUUGAGUAGUGAAUUAACAUGUUAUCAUUCAAGUGGGCCCAUAUUACAAGACUGUACACUGCCCAGAAUGUUGCAUUAUGGGUAGGAUAAGAAACCUGGCCUGAUUUGAAUACUCAAGGACUUAAGGUGGUACUAUAAGUAUAAGGCUGCUGGCACAUGUCUGCUUUAAUAAACAAAUAAAUAGAAAAAACAAAAAAACAGCAGUUGUGUGGAUUUUCUCCCACUGUUAACUUGAUAAUUAGAUGAAUAGAAAUUGGCUUUUUAUUUUCUAGCCAAGAAUGAAUUAGAAACACAUGUACUUUCUUGGAGUAAACAAACUUAAUUUGACAAGUGAUCUCUUUGGGGAAUACCUGUACACCCUGAAAAUAAUUGGAUUUAUUAGGUAAGACAUAAAGUAUUCCUGUAUGACAAUUUGAAGGUUUAGUUUUCAUCCAUAAUUUAUAUUUAGUUCACUCGUAUAAUUUAGAGUUGUAUUUAUUCAAAUUAUCUUAGUAGAGUAUAUGUGCAUGAAAUACUAAAGAUGGCUUUGGGAAUUUUGUGCCAUUAUUAAAGAUAGCCUGAGAAGUUGGUAACCCUUCUCUAUUUAGGAGAUAAAAGCACAUAUGUAUGGCAAUGUCUUGGUAAUAUACUGUACUUAUUAUUUAAGAUAUAAAAAUCAAAUAAAGAAAACAAAAAUGUGCAAUCACUCUAAUGAUGAGAGGGAUAUACAUUUAUAUAAUAACAGCAUCCUAGUUUAAAUAAUUCUACAGUGAUAUAAAAUAUAUUUUAACAUAAAUCUAUCAAAUUUAAA